GAGCCGGUUGGCCCCCGGCGAACGUCAGGUUUCUUUCCCAGCUGUCAUUCCUCCUCAAACCCCUUGAGGUGAAGCGACGUCGCCUCCUCCUCCGCCGCCAUGGUUCUUAUCACAGGACUCUGUACUUUUCUCUACCACUUGCCUCAGAUUUACAAAUGGCUCCUGAAGCCGUACUACGUCUCCUCGCUGCUCAUGACCGUCGCCUUCCUGGCGGUCCGAAAGGCUCCCGGCGUGUGCGAGCACCUGGCGACCCAGCGGGAGGACGGCAACUCCUGCGACUUCGACUGGAGAGAGACGGAGAUUCUCAUGUUUCUUUGUGCAAUAGUUAUGAUGAAGAACAGGAGAGCGAUCACACUGGAGCAGCACAUAGGCAACGUGUUCCUGUUCAGCAAAGUGGCCAACGUCAUCCUCUUCUUCCGGCUGGACAUCCGGCUGGGCAUCGUCUACCUGGCGCUGUGCGUCGCCUGCGUCAUGACCUGCAAGCCGCCUCUCUACAUGGGCCCCGAGUACAUCAAGUACUUCAGCGACAAGACCAUAGAUGAGGAGCUGCAGAAGGACAGCCGUAUAUCCUGGAUUGUUGAAUUCUAUGCCAACUGGGCCUCCGACUGCCAGUCCUUUGCCCCCGUCUUUGCCGACCUUUCGAUCAAGUACAACUGUGCUGGACUCAAGUUUGGGAAAGUGGACAUCGGGCGCUACGGAGAGGUUUCAAACAGGUACAAGGUCAGCACUUCUCCACUUUCCAAGCAGCUGCCCACACUGGUGCUUUUCCAAGAAGGACGGGAAAUGAUACGACGUCCGAUGGUGGACAAGAAAGGCAGAGCGGUGUCCUGGACCUUCAGUGAGGAGAACAUCAUCCGAGAGUUUAAUCUCAACGAACUCUUCCAAAAAUCGAAGAAGCUGAACAAAAGCCGCGAUUUGAAAGAAGAGGAGCAGAGCGACGUUCAGCCGAAAGAGGUCAGCAACAUGCUGCUCCCUGAAACCGCCGAUGUCCAGCCGCCCACGGAGAGCAAGAAGGACCAGUGAGGAGGAGCUGCAGGACUUGCAAAUGAUUAAGCAGGAAGCUGGAGCCCGCUUGCUGCUGUGACUGAGUUUGAUGCAGCAUGGUCCGAAUGCAGCACCAGACGAGCAGUGCGUUUGGUACAUUUUACUAAGUUAUGACAACUAAUGCCUUUUCUUUUUGUAAUGCUCGUUUUUUUGACUUUCUGCAACUCGCCGGUUUGCUGGUACCUGCUGUUUACUAAAACAAACCAAAAGGUGAAGCUGAAAUAAAAAGAUUGUGUCCAGUUAUAAUUUGUGAGGCGUUACGUUCAACAGUUUGACAUUUUUAUUCUGAGAAGACAUCUCUUUGAAAAAUUCUUAAGGCCAUUUGGGGAAAUGUCUUUAAUGUACUCAAUACAGAUAUUUGUGACACUCGUUCCAUUCAUCACAGCCCACAAUAGCAAUAUUUUGUAUCUCACAUAUACUCAAGUAUACUCAGUUUCAAAUUGUUCAGUGGUCACCAUCAAGGGCAGGAAAAAAAAGGUAUCGCAAGUUUGUACCCCUGUUCCAUUAAUGCUUCUUUUAACCACACACACGUCACCCAGGUGGGAUUUUGACAAUAUGUUUGCACACCAGUGAAGCAUUCAGCACGACAAACAAAAACCACAUGCACACCAAAGACGUAGCUGGGAGGGUUGCAGACUAGUAGCACGUCCUUUCUUUGGGUUGAACGAUGGUACUUCUGUGCUUCAAGCGAGUGAUUUCCCCCCC